AUGGAAGAAACUGAAGCUUUGAUAAAAUCAUCUGAGCCUUAGCAUACCAAAAACGUUAUUUAGGCGCUCUUGAAUGAAUAUAAAAUUAUGUACGCUGGUCUAUAAAAUCAGUACUAAUUUUUUUUUAAGUCUAGAGAAUACUUGGAUUAUUGCUUCGUUAAAGGAGCAUCUGGACAAACAGUUCCAUUAGCCUUGUUAUUACCAGUGGGGUUGUUCUUGGGAGUAGUAAAUAUAUUGUCAAAAGCCACAACCAAUAUAAUUGAAGGUUGAUAAUGAUGUCAAAUUUAGGUGAUUAUAUCUUGUCUAAUUUGGUUUAUGUGAUUCUCUAAGUCUGUGGACUCUGCAUAGUUCUAUAUUUAUUACUGAAAGCAUGUGAGGUGAUACCGAAGAAAAUUCAAAACCCACUUCUUUUUGGGAGAGUAACAACUUACGUUUUUAUGUGUUUACUCAUCGCCAUGGGAAUUUUAGUUGUUGAGAGGAUAGUUGAAGGACAAGCCAGAACAUAUCAUACUUCUCAAUUCUGGGUGGUUUUCGCUUUGGUAAUCUGGUAAAAGAUUUUGGUCUUAUUUAUAUAUGAUUAUAAAGUUAGAUUUGCAGCUUUUUUAUUUUUAUACACCUAUUAUGCCUUUAGAGUUUCAGGUUAGGAAUUUAGAUGGGCCUACAACCUCUUAAAAGCAUCAGUAUACAUUACCUUAGAGUUGGUAAUGGUGAUAGACAGAGAAUUGAAGAAUUAUGCAGACUAUUAAUUGGAGAAUAAUGUAAAAAGUCGAAAUCUAUUUAGAUGCAUACCAAAUAAGUACUAGAUGAAGUAGUUCCUCCAAUGAGGAUGUUUUAACAAUAAUUCCUCCUUGAAUCCUAUCUAAAAGUAUUUCCUGUAGUUAUUUUUGAUUAAACAAAAGAAUUACUUAACAUUUCAUCUGAAACAUUAAAAUUGUUAGGCCAAAAUGAUAUGUUUUAGGCAGAAAAACAAUUAAGAAAAUUGGAGAUCAUAGAAGUUUUUAAUCGAAAAGAAUAAGUGUCAGCCAAAGAAUUUACUGUUAAAUUGACUAGAUAAGCUAAAUUUGGAUCUACUUGCGGAGUAAACGAAAAAGGAGAUUUAUUGCAUUCAUUGAUUAAUGGGCCAGCCUUACAGCAAUUAAGAGCAUAGUAAUAAACUGACUAGCCAAGAUUGCAAACUUAGGGGUAAUUAGAAUAGUUACUCAGUGAAUUAACCAAGGGAGAUCAGGACUAUUUAAAGGGACUAUUAAUAUUGAAAUUAAGUAAGGAAAAGUAGUUCUACUUCUAAUUUCAUUUGAUUAGAAACAACAAAAUUUAUCUAUUUUUAGAUGAUGUUUCUGAGAUUAUGAAAUUGCAGAUGAAAAAUAAGGACGAAAAUCAGGAGACCAAAGACAUUAAAGAUAUUAAUAUCUUAUUGUCCUAGAUUCGACAGAUUUCUACACUGAAAAGCUAUCCUAUCCCUACUAAGAUAUCGAAUAUUGAGAUAAAAUCUUGUUAUUUAGAGUAGAAUUAAUUGAGAAUUAAUUAUGAUAAAAUUAAUUUUGAUCAAAUGGUCAUAAAUUUGCAAGAGUAUUAUAAACAAAGAAUUCCCUCAAUUAAAUAUUAAUUCAAAAAUCUAGUUAAAUUGAAUACAAGCUUUUUUACAGAUGAAGAAAGACUUCGAUAGAUUAUAGAUAUAAUUAUGGAGAAUAGUAUUGAGUAAACAAGGGAUGGAUUUAUUGGGAUAACUUUUGAAAAUGAUGCAAGACCCAAUUGUAUUCAAGUAUCUAUUCAAGAUACAGGGACUGGGAUCAAUCUAGAGCUAAUGAAGGAUGAAAUGGGUUCCAAACUUUCUGGGCUUUUCAUUGCCAACUAUUUAACUAAAAUAUUGGGAGUUUCAUUUUUCAACAAAAAAAUUAAUGGACAAAUCGCAAAUAAAGGUUUGAGGAUUGUGACCACAUAGGAGUAUGGGACUAAAAUUUCAUUUACACUUCGAAACAUGUUAUAUGAUCAGAACAAUGCGUUCUUUCUUAUUGAUGAAAAUUUGGAAGAGGAUGAAUAGAAUCAAGAUGAAAUUCUAGAAAGAUACUUAAUUGAAGAUUAAACUCAAUAUUUAAAUAGAUUAAAGAAGUAUAUAAAAUAGCUGUAAUUUUAGACCUAUUAAAUAUAUUGUGAUGAAGAAUGAAGAGAAAAAAGUUGUGUAACUUUUAGAUGACAGAUUAGUCAAAAGACCCCAAUUAAAAGGCAUGAUGAAACUAUAGGAAUCAGGAAGAUUAAAGUAACUAACUACUCAAGUUGAAUAACUAUAAAUUCCUUUGGAGAAAUGCAUCUGCGCAACUCCAUUAAUCAUAAAUAGUGAUCACUACUUUUCUUCAACAUUGAAAGACUUUAAUUUCUAAAUUGUCAAUGAAUUCGAAGCUUUAAAAGUGAUUAAUAUAAAACUAAAAGAGAAUCCUUGUAUUUAGAAAGGAUGCCUUGCUUAUAAUAAAGUUUUCAUAAAUUGUUCGAAUCCAAAAGUGAAUUAUGAAGAGUAAUAUUAAGUUUAAUUUUAGUUUGGUAAAGAAAUUACUUCUAUUAAACAAACAACUAAAUAUAGUAGUCCUUUCAUAUCUUCCAUGGGGAGAAUUGUAACCAAACAUCACUUAUUAUCAAAUGCCAACUAAAUUAGAUGCCAUAUUUAAGUGA